AUGGAGCAGGAGAGGGGGGGCUUCAGGGCGUGUGUGAGACCACGAGGUUCCACCGCAGAAGAGCGAACCGACCGCGCCCCGGCCGUGACUCACGUGGUCCGGGACCCCCCCACGUUCCCCUCGAACACCUGGACUGCAGACGCUGAGCUCUCCUUCAGCGAGCAAGCCGUAGGACGCAAACCAAAAUACUUGCAUUGGCCCUCUUUCAACUCUGCGCGCUUGUGUGCAUUUGUGUGUGUGUGUGUGUGUACAGCGCACCCUCCAUUUCUCCAUCAGCGGGCCGUAACAGACCCGGGGGGGGGGGGGGGGGGGGGGGGGCGACACAGCAGCGUGUCGGGCCUCCGCGGAAAGCACAGAGCUAUUACCGCGGCGGCGGCGGCACAAGACUUUCCAGCGCCCGCGCUCUCUGCGUGCGACCUGUCGGCUCGUACGAGUGUCCGGUGUCACCGGCGGCGGGUGUCCGGUGUCUCUGACUAUCCCGUGUCUCUGUCCCCGUCUCUCUCCGCAGCGCACACAGACCCCUGCGGCCUGUCGCCAAGGCACAUCAAAAGUGACAGCGAUGACGACGACCUCCCCAACGUGACCUUGGACAGUGUUAACGAGACGGGCUCCACGGCCCUCUCCAUAGCCCGGGCAGUGCAAGAUUCUAUGUCGCCGUUCAGUAUUGACAGCAUACGGCGCCCGAGGAGGUCCGAGUCGCCCGAGUCCAAGAAGAGACGCAUCCACAGGUGUGAUUUCGAGGGCUGCAAUAAGGUGUACACCAAGAGCUCCCACCUGAAGGCACACCGGAGAACCCACACAGGUGAAAAGCCAUACAAGUGCACCUGGGACGGCUGCACGUGGAAGUUCGCCCGCUCCGACGAGCUGACGCGGCACUACAGGAAACACACCGGGGUGAAACCCUUCAAGUGUGCGGACUGCGAUCGCAGCUUCUCCAGAUCUGACCACUUGGCCCUGCAUCGAAGGAGGCACAUGUUGGUAUAAAAAAAAAUGAAGUCGCGGGAAUGGAGAGAGAGCGAGAGAAAUGAUAGAGAGAUGAGAGGAGCGAUUGAGGAGGAUACCGGAGAUACGCGUAGAUGGAGACGCGGAUUCAUAGGCCUACACAGUACGAGGUAGGGAGGGGGGGGGGGGAGCGGGGUCUCUCUAUGAAUGUUGUUCAGCUGGUCUGGACGUAUACAUUUGCACAUACACACGCAAACACACACAGAUACAUAUUAGGAACACAUGAGUACAUACACAAGCACACACACACACACACAUACGCACACCCUCUCUCUUUCUCUCGCGUACAUGGUUCUCCCCGCGAAAGAAGACGGGGGGAACAGCUCGCGGAGCACAGACAGGGUUGUAUUUGCUACUCACGAGGACGGAGGAAAACGGACGACGACUGGACCUUUAACGCGUCGUGGUCGCUUGGAGUUUUAUGAAACUGAAAUGGAAUAUUUUACAGCACUGUUCUUUGAUGUUUGUUUUUUUUGGCUUAGAUUUAUAAGUUGGACUGCUACUACUCUUUAUUUGGACGAGAAAAAUGCAAUCGCAAACCCUUUUUUUUUUUUUUUUCUCUUGGUAUCUUUCGGUCCAAAAAGACGGCUGCUUUAGAGGCGAUCAUAAUGUGAAGGUGUAUGGGAUGAAUUUGCUGUGAGGACGUUGUAAAAAAUAAAGCACCAAACUUGGCCUCAGCCAGUAGAGAAGGACUCGGGCCUAUUUUGAUCUACAGCCAGUAUUGCAGGGCUGCCUGUCUGUACUUUCAAACCCUUACCAGCAGAGGGCGCCAUUGCAUAAUAAUGAUUAGGUUUCAACCGCUAUCUCAUGAAGUGGAAUCUGAGGCACCCCGAAGGAUCAGUGAGGAGGAGGCUAGUUGUAAAGCCACCACCACAUUGCUGACUUCAAGUCACAAUUAUAUCUACUUAAUCUAGGUAAAAUGUUGGCCCGCUAUACCGCUUGUGAUAUUAUGUUUGCUCUGACAUCGAAAACCGGGCAUGCACACGAUUCACCAGCAAUGAGAGACGCGCCAUAUUUGAUACACCUUUCCACUUCCCCCUUCCCCAGCCUUCCCCAACAAUACUAUUCUUCAUUCUGAGCCUUUUGGAAGUUUUCCUUUUUUCUUUUGUUUCCUGAAAAACGUUUUUUUUUUUGGUGCAUUUUGUGCUGUGAUUAGCAAUCAGUAAAGUGCAAUCUCAUAGGGUAAUUCUAGUUUCAAAAUGAAAUUUUCUUUUGUGUUUCAUUUAUUACCUUUUUAUAAAAUGCUUGACUUAUGUUCAACAAGGAAAGUUUAAACCAUUGCAUGCAUCGAAACAAUGAAAUAAUCAGUGAUCAGUUACAAUGUUCAACCUUGUAAACCGGCCAAACAAACACAAAACAAACUGGCACCUUACAGACUAUACGGUCACGGAUCGGGUUCAAAGGUCAUGUUAUCGGCGGACUUUGACAGGGAUAGGUCCAUGGAUUUGUGGUUGAGCGCAACACAUACUUCAGCAUGAGAGCAACUCCUUAGGGGGUCUACAGUGUUACAGUGACAAAACGUGGUUUCUGAGGUACAAUAUUAGAAGAGCAAUACAUUGUGAAUGUGGUCACGAGUUGUUGGACCAACUGUUCCUCUUAUGUUGUGGUGUUGCCGCUGACCAGGAGGGUCUGCCAUCGGUCCAAGUCUUUUCUUAACUGUGCCACCUCAUAGACAAAAGCACAUUUUACCUGUAGUCUAACGCCUCUGUCUACCUGAUUUUCCAAAACAAAAGGACUGCAGUUCAGCCGUCCGUCUCUGUAAAAUUAUAUCAAAACGAUGAAUAAUGUGAAUAGCACUUGAAAUUAAUGCAAAGAAAAAGAUGAUCCAAUAUAUCAGACGUUUGGUUCUUACAGAUUAUUUAAUUUAUCUUACUUUAGGAAAUGCAUGUGCAUCCACAAGGCACAAGCUUAACAUGCUAUGUUACAUACGAUGACUGAAUAUAGGCUAUCUGAAAAGAAAAAUCAAAGCAGGAAACUUUCAAGAAAGAAAAUGUAUUUUUAAAAUUAAAACGCAACAAUGUCAUCCAUUUUAUGUUUUUCAUUCUCCAAAAAGAAUAACCCAGAACUAAUAAUAAACAAAAUGCCAAAACAGUUCAAUACAAGUUUUGGAAUAAAAGCCAGUAAAUGUUAAUGUGAACUUAUUUGAUAAAAGCAGCUCAAACACACACAUCCCACACACACACAGUCAUAUACACACCCCCUCCAUACACAUUCACACAAACUAACAUACACACACACACACACACACACACACACACACACACACACACACACACACACACACACACACACACACACACACACACACACACACACACACACAUACACACACACACACACACACACACACACACACACACAUUCACCCCCCCCCACACACACACACACACAUUCACAUCCCCCCCUCCCACACACACACACACAAUCAUACACGCCCCCAUACACAUUCACAAAAACGACGCAUACACACCCCCACACACACACCCCCACACACACGCCCCCAUACACUCACACAGCAAGCAAGCAACAAAAUUCCAACAUCUCCGUUACAAACACAUGCAUCUAAAGUAUGCCACGACUCCCCUUCGUUUCAAUUAAGAAUUGUAAUGUCCUUAUGUCAUAUUUAUGUUGAUUAUUUGUGCACACAUGAUUACGCCCUGUUGUAUUAUUAUUAUUAUUUUGGCAAAAGCAUAUCAGCACCUUGUUUGUGUAUUAGUAUCAUUUCAAAAACAUAUUUUAUUUCAGAUGGCAAUUUAUCCACAAAUAAUCACCAUUAUAUUUUACCAUUGUUUACUGUGUAAGAAAAAAACCUUAAAAAGACGAAAAACUUUGAUGACCGAGGGGUACUUCGUCAUUGCAUAUAACUAUUUUCUGUAAAAAAAAAUGAUUUUUGAAAUGUUGUAAUAUAUGUGACAGUGAAAAUAAAUCUUAUUACCAAGGUCUACAGGCUGUAUAUACAUUGGAAGAAUAGGGCUUUUGAUUAGUAGAUACAGGAAAUACAUUUAUACAUGUAAAGUCUUUUUCAGAGACAGUAAUUUAUCUAAUUUGAUACACAGUGAAAUGGGGCUAAUGGUAUUUGCGAAAGCAUUCUGUAAAUGAUCCUAUAUGAUGUUAUGUAACAGUUUGUCUCGAUUGGUUUGUGAUUUAUUAAGUUCAUGCUUAAAUCAUUAUUUCCCAAGGCUGAAUCAGUGCCCGCUAUAAUUUAACAAAAUAUUUGUAUUUAAUUACCAUAUCAUGGUACUUAAUUCCCUUUUCUCUUUUUAUUUUUUAUUUUACCAGACCUAGACAAUAAAUUAUAUGGUUUUGUCACCUAUCAAUAACACAUAUUAUAUUGUAUUCAGUAUAACUUUGCAUGCCUUAAUCCAACAAUAUUUUUUUAAAAUCUUAGGAUUGACUUGAAGAUGGCGAUGAGUGUGUCAACAGGACAACGUGUAUUGUAUUUUCCUUCAACUUGUCCUUUUUCUCAUUUUUGAAGCAUAAUUUUGUAACGGCAACCAGGGUCAAAGUUAUGCAAUAACAAUUAAUAGUGCCUCAUAUCACAACCUUGUAAUAUCGACUGCUCUGUGCAGUUUUAAUUUAUAAAGCACACUUGAGGUGUGUUCAAGUGAAGAAAUUGCUGAGAAAUGAUACCGUAAAUUUUGUAAAAGCACAGACGCCGUUAUGCAAAUCUGACCUCUAAUGUUUAACUCCCUCCCGCACUGAGCCUUAUGUCAUCAUUUUGAAUGCCACCCCCCCUCCCUCCCCCUUUUCAUAUGUUGUCCAUAAGCCUGUGUUUUUGCUUGCAGUAAGUCACUCUUUACAACGGGAACAAGAAUUAUUCAUUAUGGGAUGUUUUUAUUCAGAUUUGGCAAAGAGAUUCUAAUGGGGAAUAACUUAGUUCUACUGAACGCUGUGGACAAAUAUUACAUUAUAAUAAGAGUGACUCCUUUUGCAAACAAACACCGCUUACUCUUCUUAUGGGUUUCAAUAUCUAUUUUCGUAAUCUGUAUCAUCUGCAAUUUAUUUCUGCCGAUAAAAAAAAUUGAAGUAGUGAAACCAAUGCCUUUGUUUUCGAGUUUGCUGAUAUUACGUACAGUAAUUGUUGUUCCUGUAUUUAUGUAAAGUGAGUGUAUUGUAGAUAUAUUCAAAUAUUUUCACUCUUGCCGUAAAGAAAAAAAAAUUGUGAUACUGCUCAUCAAUGCUUCAAAAGGGAGAUUCUGCUCAUGGAAUUCCAAAUCUGCAAAAGAAAACGUUUUUAAUUCAACUUUUUUCAGAAAGUUUAAGAACAGUUGUCUUUCUACCUUGUUUUUAUUUUGUUCUUCCUUUUAUCCAACGGUUGUUUAGAUAUCCAGUCAGUGUUCCUCUUGCUCUUUUCUCUGUAUUUUUCAUAUGGAUGGAGCUGUGAAAUUAAAAAAAAUGAGUUCAAACAUA